AUGCCUUUUCAUUAUUUCAGAGUGAGUUCUGAUUUUGCUUUCUGUGAUUCUAGGCUUUUAGAAAUUGCUCUUAGAAGCAUGGCAGCUGCAAGCAAUAUUACAGAAAUAAUUUUCUUAGGGUUAUCCCAGAGUCGGCAUGUGCAGAAGGUCAUCUUUGUGAUGUUUCUCCUGAUGUACACAGCCAUUGUGCUGGGCAAUGGCCUUAUUGUGGUGACUGUCAUGGCCAGCAAAGGGCUUUCUUCCCCCAUGUAUUUCUUCCUCAGCUACUUGUCAUUUGUCGAAGUCUGCUACUGUUCUGUCACAGCCCCCAAACUCAUCUUCGACUCUUUGCUGAAGAGGAAAGUCAUUUCUCUCCAGGGCUGCAUCACACAAAUAUUUUUCCUUCAUUUCUUUGGUGGCACUGAAAUCUUUCUUCUGACAGUGAUGGCUUAUGACCGCUAUGUGGCCAUCUGCAAGCCCUUGCACUAUGUCACUAUCAUGAACCGAAGAGUAUGUGGCCUCCUGGUGGGGGCAGCAUGGAGUGGGGGUUUGUUGCAUUCUGCUGGACAAACCUUCCUCAUUUUCCAGCUGCCAUUUUGUGGUCCCAACAUCAUUAACCACUACUUCUGUGACGUCCACCCAGUGUUGAAGCUGGCUUGCUCAGACACCUUCUUCAUUAGCCUGCUAGUCAUCAUCAAUGGUGGCUCCAUCUCAGUGAUCAGCUUUGCAGUGCUGUUGGCUUCUUAUGUGGUCAUUCUGCAUUCUCUGAGGAGCCACACAGCAGAAGGACGACAUAGGGCACUCUCUACUUGUGCCUCUCACCUGGCUGUGGUGGGUCUAUUUUUCAUACCCUGCUCUUUUGUCUACAUGAGACCCUGCAUUACCCUCCCUGUGGACAAGGUUGUGGCUGUGUUUUAUACAGUUGUCACACCUCUCUUGAACCCCAUUAUUUACUCUUUCAGAAACACUGAGGUGAAAAAUGCCAUGAAGAGACUCGUGGGGAGAAAGGUGACUUGGGAAGAGAAGUAG